AGAGAGGAGAGAGGAGAGAGGGAGGGAGAGAGGAAAAGAGAGAGAUCGGAGAAAUUGAAUACAUGUAGAACAUAUAUAUAUUUAGAUAUAUAUUUUCGCAGCGUGCGUGUCUGUGUGUGUGUGUGUGAGUGUGUGUGUGUGUGGUGGUGGUCGUGGGGGGGGACACCCGCAAAACGGAUACCUCAAAAAGGAAGGAUGUGAAAAAGGAUGGAGGGACGCAGGAAAAGAGGGGGGAAAGGCUGGUGAAAAACAGCACCCUCUCUUAGUGCGAUAUAUAUCGGCCUCCCCCCUCGGCAGGUUGCCAUGGUCGCCAUACCUACUCUCUCUCUCCUACUGGUCCUGGCAGAGUGGGCAGGUUUGGUGGAAACCUCCCCCCACCUCCUGCUCCGGCCCAGUCCACGGGAGCGUGAUGCGGGGGCCAUAAUGAACUUCAACAUCGCCGUGAUCCAUGCAGGUGCUACGGUACAGGCAGAGGCGGCGGUGGCGGGGCCUGGAGGAAGGGUCCUCUACCCUGGUUUUGGCCGGGUAUAUGGUUCCCUGGGGGAGAGCGUGGUCACCCAGUGGGGCUCUGCUAACGUCAUAUGGCUACAGGUGAAUGACAGUAGUCCUAAGACAGUUCUGUCCCAGCUGUGUGAGCUGCUGGCGGCGCGGCCCCUACAGGGUUUGGUUUAUGAAGAGGAGAGGCCCCCACGGACGGCCUGGGGUCCUCUGGCCCCAAUGCUGGAGUUUGUCUCCGCCCAAACAGGACUGCCUAUAGUGGCUGUAGGAGGGGGAGCGGGGCUGGGGAGGAUGCCACAGGAAUCAGGUUCCAUCUUUCUCCAGUUCAGCUCUUCUACUGCCCUCCAGUUAGAGGUCAUCUUUGAGGUGCUGGAGGAGUACGACUGGACAGCCUUUUCUGUGGUGUCCACACGGCACCAUGGCUACCAGGAUUUCCUGUCGGUGGUGGAAGGCCUGACGGAUGGCUCGUUUAUUGGCUGGGAGAAGAAGAGUGUGGUGAUCCUGAACGUGACCGAUGACCCUGGGGGGGCACGCACGCGCAGGCUGCUGAAGGAGAACGAGGCGCAGGUACGUUUGCUGUACUGCUCCCAGGAGGAGGCUGAGCUGGUUUUCCGAGCUGCCUGGGCCGCUGGUCAGGCUGGAGCCUCACACAUGUGGUUUGCUGUGGGGCCAGCACUCUCAGGUUUGGGCAUGGAGAAUCUGCCCCGGGCUUUGUUUGCAGUUCGGCCCCAGGGCUGGAGGGACGAACCUCGCCGGAGGAUUGCCCGGGGUGUGUCUGUGCUGACUCACGGGGCAGUGGCAAUGCGCAAGGAUUACGGAACCACGGGUGGGCCAAACUUUGUCACCAACUGCAUGACGGACGCCAAUCAGACGCAGAGACUGAGAGGAAGGAUGAGGUACUUCAGCAACAUCACGCUUGGUGGUAGAGACUACUCUUUCAAUAGUGAUGGUUACCUGUCCAACCCCUUCCUGGAUGUCAUUUCAUGGACACCUGGACAUGGAUGGGAAGAUGUAGGCUGGUGGGAGAACGGGGUGCUGAGGCUGCGGUACCCCGCCUGGUCCCGCUACGGUUCUUUCCUCAAACCACCUGAUGAUGCACAGCACCUCCGCGUUGUCACCUUGGAGGAACGUCCAUUUGUCAUUGUGGAGCUGGCAGACCCUGCAUCUGGGACCUGCAUCCGAGACUCUGUGCCCUGCAGACGACCCCUUAAUGCCAGUACAAAUCAUGAGGGCGUAGCUCCGAUGAAGCAGUGCUGCAAGGGUUUCUGCAUUGACAUCCUGAAGAGAUUGGCUAAGAUUGUUGGCUUCACCUAUGACCUUUACUUAGUAACUAAUGGAAAGCACGGGAAGAAAAUUGAUGGCAUUUGGAAUGGCAUGAUUGGAGAGGUGGUCUACAAGCGAGCAGACAUGGCCAUUGGCUCUCUCACUAUCAAUGAGGAAAGGUCAGAGGUCGUGGAUUUCUCUGUCCCUUUUGUGGAAACAGGGAUCAGUGUCAUGGUUUCCCGUAGCAACGGAACUGUUUCUCCAUCCGCUUUCCUAGAGCCCUACAGUCCAGCGGUGUGGGUGAUGAUGUUCGUCAUGUGCUUGACUGUCGUGGCUGUGACGGUCUUCAUCUUUGAGUUCUUCAGCCCCGUGGGCUACAACCGCAGUCUGCAGACAGGCAAGAAGGCUGGAGGGUCUACGUUCACUAUAGGAAAGUCUGUAUGGCUUUUGUGGGCUAUUGUUUUCAACAACUCUGUGCCAGUGGAGAACCCCAGAGGAACCACCAGCAAGAUCAUGGUGCUGAUCUGGGCCUUCUUCGCUGUCAUCUUUCUGGCCUCCUACACUGCCAACCUGGCUGCUUUCAUGAUCCAGGAGGAGUACAUAGACACAGUGUCAGGUCUCUCGGACAAGAAGUUUCAGCAUCCCGAGGAGCAGUACCCACCUCUGAAGUUUGGCACGGUGCCCAACGGGAGCACAGAAAAAAAUAUUCGCUCAAACUACCCAGACAUGCACCAAUACAUGGGCAAAUACAACCAGAGAGGAGUGGAGGAUGCCAUACUCAACCUCAAAACUGGGAAGCUGGAUGCUUUUAUUUAUGAUUGCUGCAGUAUUGAAACUAUAUGGCCAGGAAGGAGCGAAGGUUGUAAGGUGAUGACCAUAGGCUCGGGGAAGUUUUUGCCACCACAGGCUACGGUAUCGCCCUGCACAAAAACUCCACUCUGGAAACGUCCUCUUGACCUGCCUUGCUGCAGGCAGUGGUUGCGAGAUGAUGAGAUUGAAAUGCUGGAGCGUCUCUGGCUGUCAGGAAUCUGCCAUAAUGACAAAAUUGAGGUGAUGAGCAGUAAACUGGAUAUCGACAACAUGGCUGGGGUGUUCUACAUGCUGCUGGUGGCUAUGGGUCUCAGUCUGCUGGUGUUUGCUUGGGAACACUUGGUCUACUGGAAGCUGCGCCACUGCAUGGCCACCAGCUCUGGAAAAUUGGACUUUCUCCUGGCAAUCAGCAGGGGCAUGUAUAGCUGCUGUAGCUUUGAGGAUGAAACAGCACCAGGUGGAGCUAAGUCUUUGCCUACUCACCAUCACACUGCGAUGGUCACAGUCCCUUCCCAGUCACAUGUUGUCUCAACCUCUAUGACAAACCCAGCUAUUGCUAUGGCGCAACAGCAGCAACCACCGCAACAGCAGCAACCACAGCCUGUCUACAAAACACCUCUACCGGGUUCUCCUCCCACCGUGAUGCAUUCUGGGACAGCACUGGGUCCCUCCAGUACCCCUAUUGCUGGUGCACCCCUCCCUUGCUCCACCUUCCUGCCUCGGCCAGACCGUAGACUGGCUGUGGUGGAUCGCUGGAGGCUGCCCAAAUCUGCUACAGCAACCAAUCCUAUGGCUGUAAGAGGGGGCAUCACUGAUAUGGGACCAUUUGCUCAGAAAGUCCCACCAAACUGGCCUUCAACUGCAGGAGGAGGCGGGGGACUAGAUGGCUAUAAGAGAUACUAUGGUCCCAUUGACCCUGAGGGACUGGGGCCCUGCAUGGAGCAGCAGGCAGGGUCCCAGACCCCCAAGACUAUGCCCAGGGGCCACCCCCAGCCUCCUCCUGCCAGUGUGGCCUUCUACUCAGAGAAGGGCAUGGACCAUGGGGUGGGGAAGAGGGUAGUGGGAGGUGGCAGCGGAGGUCAGGGGAAAGGGGCCGUUAAACCUCUGGGCACUCCCAGAUUGCCUCCUAAGAGUCAGGCCCCUCUGCCUCCUACACCUCCACUGCCACACCCCUCUCCCCCUCUCCCCUCAUCCUUCUGGAGGAAGCGAAGGCCCAAGAAGCCCAAAGAACCUGGAGGGCCACUUUACGAGAACAUUCUGCCCCUAGGGCGGAGGGGAGGAGCAAGAGAUGGAGUGAGAGAGGGAGGAGGGAGAAGGGCACGCCCGCUUUCUCCCCCUCUCUCACUUCCAAUGCCAGUACCCCUCAGCCCUACCUAUACCCCUCCCUCUCCUUCUGCGUCCUUGCACUAUACGUCUUCGUCCUCUUCGUCAACCACCUCAACUACGUCUACAUCCUCGUCUGCCUCAUCAUCUCGCUCCACCUCUCCCACCUACUCCUACAGCUCCUCCAGGAGCACACGGGACAGGACUGGAGGGAUUGAUGGAGAGGACGAUGAUGAUGAUGAGGAGCUGACGGAAGAGUCCAGCCUCCUUCUAGGGAGGGGGAGGGAGAGAGAACGCUCAAUCAUCCGGCCUCGUUCCUUUAGCCACGGGCGUCUGCCACCUCCUAUACCUCCCAGGAAACCACGCACAUCCUGGGGUGACAGAGAAAGGGAGCGAGAGCGGGAGAGAGGUGGAAGCCAACUGUCACAGCUCCAAGAGUGGUGGGCAAGCUGGAGUGAGAGAGAGAUGAGUGGAGCGGUGGGGACACUGAGAGGCAAAAAAAGGGAAAAAGGAAGGGAGGAAAAGAGAAAGAUAAAGAGAAGAAGAACAAGAAAACAGAACAAAAAGAGGAAAAAGAGGGAAGAAGGAGAAGAGAGCGAGAAAGAGAAAGAAAAGCGGAAGGAAAGUGAAAAAGAGAAAGAAGAAGGCACUUAAGACCAAAAAAAAACGUAAGAAAUCAAUGUGUGGGUAAGCGAUCUGAGCCUGAGGAUGGAGAUGUAGAGCCAGAGAGGGACUGAGAAGCAGAGGGGGAAAGGGAAGGAGACUACUCUUCCUUCUCUGCUCAAUAUCGGAGCACAUUUGGGGAGAAAGGGACGGGAUUCAUGGGAUGGAGACAGGGAGCGAAGUAGGAGAGAGGGAGGAGAUGAAGGCAAUGACAGAGAAGAAGAAGACAGCAGUAGAAGCAGAGAGAGGCGACCCAAGUCCUCACAUUCACAUUCUGCACAUCGCACUCCUAGUAAACGUUACCCUAACCUCAACAAACUCCCUGCAUCAGUUAAAUUCUGGGUGAAUGGAAGAGGAGGAGACUCUAAUACUCCGCCAACAUCCCUUCAUCCACUCCUUCCAUCCACUAAGCGGCGAAGAAGUGGAGGAAUGGACAGGGAGGACAGUGGUAGAAUUGGUGAGCGGCGUCCUUUGUUAAUGCAUUAUGAAAAAGAGAAAGCACAGACAAGAGAAGGGCUGUCCUUCCAUGAGUGGGAUUCUGACGAUGAUGAGGACGAUGAUGAUGAUGAAGAGGAGGAGAGAGAGAGGGAGAGAGUUAGGGAGCGGGUGGAGGAGAGGGGAAGGAGGGCAGGUAGAGGGGCGGUGUCUGAGUCAGAGAGGGAUAGAGCAAGGGCAGAUGACAGUUAUUCAGAUGAGGGCUCAUCAGGGGAGUUUGGGUCGUUUUGAAAGGUACUGGAGGGAGGCGCAGGGGGGAGCAGCACUGGAAUCGGAGGUAUAGGUGGAGGAGCUGGUUCUUUGGGACCUACCCCUCAAGAGAGAAAGGAGGCAGUGUAAACAGUCGGGAAUGAUUCUUUACUAGGAACUCGAGCAGAGGGCUGGAUUGGUGCUGAUUUCUGGGGUUCAGGGCCGGGUGUCGGUUGGGGAUCAGGGGGAGGGAGUGGAGGGCUGGGUUCACAGUGGCCACCACCACCCGCUGCAUUCCCUCCACCUCGAAGAUACUGGUCUAUGGACAAGAUCCCUGUGAAAGGAGAGAAAAAGUGGAAGAGUGGAGGAGGAAGAGCAAGGGGCGACCUCGGGACAGAGGGAGGAAGCAGGGACGGUCCACCAUGUUGUUCCUGUAGCCUUUAACCCUCAACCCCACCCGUACCCACAUCCUCAUAGCCGCUCACAACAUCCCACUCGAAGAAGAGGAGGCCACAGCGCUUCCCCAUAGCCAGGAGGAGCUUCUUUUCCUCUUUCCCACGUGCCACAGCUUCAGCUGGGGCUCCUCCGUCCAAAGCUCUUUGCCCCCUAAACAGAUCCCAGUCAGGCCAAAAGCAGGCAGCAGUCCUAACCUCAGCCUCAGCACAACAACCCACAUACCAUCCGCCGGCUCAGCCGUCACCUUCAACAACACAGCAGCCGUCCAUUGUCUCCCACCUCCUCCCAAUGCCGCAUUCCAGCCUCCAACCCUCGUCAUCCGGCUGUCUCACCAACCAGCAGGGGGUAGAGGAUGGCAGGCCAUGGACAAGGCUCAGGCUUCAGCCAAGUGCCAAACUACCCAGUAUCAGAGACUUCGCUCUGUGCCACAGCCACGGAGGUUCUACUCCCCUCACCUGCCGCUCAAAGCUAAGAGCCUGUGCUCUCGUCGAGGGUCAGCCCACUUCUCCAGCCUGGAGAGCGAGGUAUGACAGGGGGAGAGGAGAGAGGGAGACGUCGGAGCGAGCACCACUGCUAUUGAGAACCGUGGUGCCAUGGCAGCUACAGCCAGGGAUGAUGUCGGAGACAUGGCUGCCUUGGUGACCAUAGGAAAUCAAUUAGCGACCAUCACUACGGGAACUAAUCUGGGCAGUAGUUCUGUUGCUGGCACCACUUUAUGUGAGAGUAACACUGCUGCCACCCGUUCCAUUGUACGCGUUCUAGUGAGGGCGACAGUGAGACGUCACACCAGGGUGAGCUACAUCCGCUUGGAUGGUUCCCAUGAUGACGAGAAUGAAGGUGAGGCUGCAUUACCGGGGACAGCAGCUCCAGAACUUCUCCUCCGCUCAGAAUUGAGCUUUGUGAUGUCAUCUUCGGUUCUCCUCCCCUCCCCGAGUCACAACUGUGGAUAAGAUUAGUCUCCAACCUGUGAGUAAUGAUGUCAUAUUUGUACACGCACACAGACACUCACACACAUGCACGAGCACACACACACAGACAAGAUAUGCUCAAAACGUCUCCCUCCCUCUGGCUAUGAGAACACACCUCUGUGGGCGUAGAGAGUCCCACCCUGCGAAAAGAUGCCAGUGUUUAGUCCGUAGACUCUGGUUCUCUGUCCUCAUUGGCUGGUGGAUUUUGAACUGGAUCAGUGGACUGCUCCUUGGUGUUGGAGAGACUGCCCCCUCUUCUUCCCUUUUGUAAGUCAGUUGAUAUGAAAAGCAAUGCAGUCACCUCGCAUACAUCCAAUCUGCCUGAUCACAUUUCACUGGGCAGUGAGGACAGUGCUAUUUCUUUGCCCUUUGACCCCAUCACAUCAUCAGACCCAUCUAGCUCUACCCCAGGACCAUCAACGUGAUGUCAUGUUUUACUAGAAACCCUUUUAACCAGUCAGAUUGAACAGGAACCACGUCUCCUACAUCCUGUUGGAGCUUGUCAUGUCACCUCUGGUCCAACCAGAACUUGAACACAGUUGAGUAUCAAAGUAUUUCAACAACUGAACUGAAGAGAAAAAACAAUAUGAACAAAAAAGACGUAGCAAGUUUUCUUUUACGUCUGUCUUUUCUUUUCUUUCUUACUCAGACUUUUCUCCCCAUCCCUUCUUUUUUAUUCUAUCAAUAUAUUUCUCUCACUGUGUUAGUGUUUUAAUAAAGAGGACGCUGGAUGUGGCUAGUGUUAAAAGUGGGAAUGAUUCAAUAGCAGUGCCAAAUUUCCACUCAAGAGCUUUUAAGCAAGAUUGGUUUUUGAGUAAUUUGUUUUCAUAGAUAAAGCUCCAUCUUUUCUUUUCUACAUGUGAACUACGCAUAAUUCACCAUCAUGUAAGUGGAUCAAGGGGAUGAUUGGUGCAAUAUCUGUAAUUGGCACUAGAUGGCUGCAUAAUAUUCAAAUAAGCUUAGGCGACAAUUGUGCAAGGGGCUUGUGGUGGAUUUAAUAAUUGUGGCAGAGCACAGGGUGUAGCUAUGAACUUUUAUUAGUUUUAUGAAAAUGGCCAGUCAGAAUUUAUGCAGAGGAGGUUAGGGGAAUUGAAAUCAAGCAUAGUGCACUGUAAAGCUCUCUUGCUGUGUUUCAUCACUAUACUGUAGCUGGGCAAAGUUUGUAGAUGAUGGAUUAAAUGAAGCACAAUUUUUCAUUGUAUUUUUCAGACAUUGUGCCACAGUUUUAACUGCACAAUCCUUUGCUGAUAUAUUAAAACUACUCACUUAAUGUUAACUCAUGUUGCUAUUGUGGAAUAGUAAAAAUUACUGCAGCUAAGUUUCAUCAUAAGUACACAGACGUCUUGUGCUGAGGAAAAGAUCCUGUACUUUGAGUAUUGCCUUUCGGUAAAUAACAACGUACUGUGAAUGUUUCAAUUUGAGGUGCACACACAAUAGCUGAGACUUAACUGAAUAAAGUCAGUAAUAAUUCCUGUUAUUAAAUCAUCAGAUGACUGUUUGACUUUGAGCAAUAUUCCCACCUUCAAUGUGACAGGGAUGCAAUGGCACAUCUGUUUGCAUCUGAGACAUUGUAAUUGUUUUUCCUCUCUUUUAAAAUGAGAACAUUUGUUUAAGCAAGAGUCAGAUGUUCCACAACUCUAAUGAUGUUCUUAUAGAUUGGAUAGGUUUAAUCUAAGUUGGUAGGAUGUAAUUAUAAUAUAUAAUUUAAAUGCUUUGAGUUCAGGAGAGAAUAGUGAACUGUGGCGUUGUAUCCUCGGUGAGCUGUGCCAAAAGCCAUCUACUGUGUAAACUGUGCCAACUUGCAAUGCAUACACACUCCACUUUCAUACAGUAAGGUCAACAUGUCAACCUCAUCUCUCACACUAAGACCAGCCACAGCCCAGCUCUUCUUCUAUUGUAGUUGAAUGUAGCUUUGACAUGAUGUAGCAAAUGAACACCUACUUUUAGACUUUGUAGCUUUUUGGAUGCUGUUGAUAAUGGCUAGAAGGAGGGGAGGGGGGUUGACCUGCUAUGUGAGGGGCUGUGCGUUGUGUUUGUGCAUGUCGUCACAGAUCGAAGGGUUAGUCGACCUUCUCUAUUCCCCUUUUGACUCCUUUGCCUUUUGGUGAGGGCAGACUGUACCUUUUAUCUGCACAUGGAUUGCUUUUUUUUCUGGGUCUGCGUGGGGCAAUUUUGAGAACAAUUUGUCUUUGUUUUAAAGAAAUGCUUUUGCCGUUUUCCCCUCCUUUGGAAAGCCCCAGAUUCAUUGCAUGUUUAGCUGAAUGAAAUCUCAAAGAUUUGUGGUGGAGGGUUGUGUAGUUCAACUGUAGCAAAUGCUUAGGACCCAGGGCAGCCACCUUUCAGUGAGGUAUUAAGCUCGCUCUACUCUGCACCCCAACAGUGGAAACCACGGCAACAGUUCGACUGCUUCCUGUGUAGUAGAACACAGUCAUUUCACCCAAUCAACAGGGCUUAAACCUGGUAUGUCAUUGAGCAUUACUGAUUCCUAUUGAGGCGCUAAUACUUAAGUCUGUGACUGCAUGAACAGAAGUGACUCUUUAAAAACCCUCUGGCUUAUUUUGUUUUAUUUAUUUAAUUUAAUGCUGAGAAAAAAGAAUAUAUUAAAAUAUACUAUGUUUUUGAGAAUGUA